AACUACGUGCAAGUGGCUGCAGUGGUGCUGGGAAACGCUUCGCUGUUACCAAGGACACAAUAGUUUUCAAGUCAUUAGAGCGGCUCUUCUGCUCCUCUCUGCCCAUUACCCAGGGAGGGUCAUUCCUGGGAGGGAUGAGGAUGGAGCUGUGAUUUCUUCCAGUGUUGCUUUGGUGGGGGGGAGGGGGGCAAGGGAGGGAGCAGAGGCUUCAGUGAGCAAAACCCACUGCUGCUGCAACCGGCUUCACUUGAAUUUCCCUAAGUCUUUCCAGGCACAGAGAGGCACCAUGCCAGAGACUUGGAAUCUUUUUCGGGCUUUUUGGGGGUUCUUCUUUAUCUUCUGGACAGCCUUUAACACAACCUUAGUGGAUGUGGUUGGAUCGGAGCAGCAGAUCCCCUUGUCUGUUGUGAAGCUCUGGGCCUCAGCAUUUGGUGGGGAGAUCAAAUCUAUUGCAGCCAAGUACUCGGGUUCACAGCUCCUGCAGAAGAAAUACAAAGAGUAUGAGAAAGACGUUGCAAUAGAAGAAAUUGAUGGCCUUCAGCUUGUGAAAAAGUUAGCAAAGAACAUGGAAGAAAUGUUUCAUAAAAAGUCUGAAGCUGUACGGCGUCUUGUCGAAGCUGCAGAAGAUGCGUACUUGAAGCACGAGUUUGAUGCUGACUUGCAGUAUGAAUACUUCAAUGCUGUGCUCAUAAAUGAGCGAGAUGAAGAAGGAAACUAUCUGGAACUGGGGAAAGAAUUUAUUCUAGUGCCCAACGACCACUUCAAUAACUUGCCUGUGAACAUCAGUCUGAGUGAUGUCCAAGUACCCACCAAUAUGUACAAUAAAGAUCCAGCCAUUGUGAAUGGAGUUUAUUGGUCCGAAUCCUUAAAUAAGGUGUUUGUUGAUAAUUUUGAUCGCGACCCUUCUCUCAUCUGGCAGUACUUCGGAAGUGCAAAAGGAUUUUUCAGGCAAUACCCAGGUAUUAAAUGGGAACCUGAUGAGAAUGGAGUCAUUGCAUUUGACUGCAGAAAUAGAAAAUGGUACAUUCAGGCAGCUACUUCUCCAAAAGAUGUGGUCAUUUUGGUUGACGUCAGUGGCAGUAUGAAAGGGCUUCGCUUGACUAUUGCUAAGCAGACAGUAUCGUCCAUAUUGGAUACCCUCGGAGAUGACGACUUCUUCAAUAUAAUUGCUUAUAAUGAAGAACUUCACUAUGUAGAGCCAUGUCUGAAUGGAACAUUAGUUCAAGCAGACAGAGCCAACAAAGAG